AUGCCCCUUAGCAAUCAGAAUAAACAACCCAGAAUAAAAAACAAUCCAACUACACCUAAGGAAGCUAUCUUAAAAGCAAGAGAUCUUAUAGUAUUAGCGUCAACUCUUUCUCAAUCAUGUGAUGAGCAAUCGAAGCUAUUAGAUCUCCUAGAGAUCUUUAGAGAAUAUACCGAAAAAGGAAAGCUCACCACCGCCUCCAAUAUCAUCACCUCCCAAAUCACUCAUCUAGAAUCCGCUACACGGAAAAUCGAAACUCAAGCUAAAGCCCUAACCAAAGCUCCCUUGCCAAUCAAUACACCAACCACUAAAUCGACAUAUGCAGCAAUAACAAAAGAAGGAGAAUGGAACCUAGUAGGCAAGGGAAAAACUAUUAGAUCCUCCCCAAUAGAUAAGAAGAUCGAAAUCACACAAAGACGCUUAAUCCUGAUCAAACCAGAGAUCACGAACAUUACCUCCUUUUCACCUAUAUCAAUUCGAAACCAAAUAAACGAAGCAUUCCAGAAAACUGGAAUUAAAGGCCCGGUUAUAGCAGGAGUAACUCUAUCGCUGAAUAGAAAUAUAAUAAUUACUACAAAUGCACCUUUCACAUCACAACUUCUAUUAGAAAAAAAGGCAAUCUGGAGUAAUCUCAUCAAAUUCGAAAGAAUUCAAAAGGAUCAAGAAUGGCAUAAGGUCAUUAUUCAUAAAAUCCCUAUAAAAGAAUUUUCUGGAACAAGAGGAAUGGACCUCAUUCUUGAGGAAAUCAAAACCUUCAAUCCAGAAUUCAAGCCAUAG